ACCGGCGGUGCGGAGCGGGUCGAGGGCGACGUCUCUCCAGCUGUCGUUUAACUGGACUUGUCCGAGAACUGGACCGGAAACUCCGCUCGCGUGCAGCCGGCGGGAGCGGAGUCGCUGAGGGACUCGCUUUGAGGCGGGAAAACACGGAACUACCGCUCAGAAAUUCUGAGUUGGAUUCGUUCAUUUAACGACAGUCUUGCCCCUCAAACGCGAAGACCGUCGUAGUAAACAAAAAGAAGCGUUUUUAACGACACACACCGGUGUAUUGGACUUAAAGGUUUGACACUCCUAAAAGGCGGGAAUUGAACCGAAACGGGAGCACAUCAUCCGAUCUCACGCAUCGGAUUCCGUCGCCACCGAGUGAAUUAAUAAAUAAAUAAAGUCUGACUGACUGGACAUACCGGCGAGCUGGCGCGUCCCACGUGUGACAGCCUUUUGGAAGCGUCUCGGUUUACCUCAGCUCAAGCGUCACUGUAAAUAAAACUGAACGGCAAGAGGAGGAAGAAUUGGUUGAGGUGGAGGAAGAGGGAUGAACCCACACCAGCGUGAGCGUGAUCCCUCAGUCAUCAAUGGGAAAUACCGGAGCGCACGCGACUGGGGCGAGAUGCUCGGAGAAGCUCGAGGUGCGUCGCCGCGCUCUCACCGUGUGUGAGUUUUAAAAGAGCGCGCGAGGCGAGGAGAGAGAAAGAGCACUGUGAAGUUGAACAUAUUCGUCAAUCGCGAGAAGAAGAACCGGGUGGAAAAUUUAUGUUUCACGUGGCACAUGCAUGAGAAAAGAAAACGCGUCACCGAGCUUCCCAAGGCUUGUUGAGAAUGUGGAAAUGUUUAAUUGUUGAAGGUGAAGAUGGCAGAAGCUUCGUGAGAAAGAUACCGAGCGUGUUUUUGUGAGAGAGGGUGAAGAUUUUUCCCGAGAUGCCCGAGAAUGUCUCCCUCAUCAGGAACCGGACGGAAGUCACGCAGGGUCGCGCUUGGGGUAGCGGAGCAGGUGCACGGCCAGUAUGGGUCGUCAUGGUGCUGGCCGGUGUGCUGAUCUUCACGAGCGUGGUGGAUGUGCUCGGUAACGUGCUGGUGAUCAUCUCGGUGCUCAGAAAUAGAAAACUGAGAAACGCGGGUAAUGCGUUUGUAGUGAGCCUGGCUUUCGCCGAUCUCCUGGUGGUUUGCUAUCCCUACCCUCUGGUCUUGCACGGCAUGCUGCACGCGGGCUGGUUGCCGGGGGAGAUGGAGUGUAAGGUCAGCGGCUUCCUGAUGGGAGCGAGUGUCAUCGGCUCCAUCUUCAACAUCACCGCCAUCGCCAUCAACCGCUACUGUUUCAUCUGCCAGGCCAACACCUACGAGAAAAUCUACGGCCGCGCCGGAACCCUGGCGCUUCUGACGUUAGUCUGGGUGCUCACAGCCAUCGCCAUUCUUCCAAACCUGGCGCUGGGGUCGUUGACGUACGACCCUCGCGUUUACUCAUGCACCUUUAGUCAGACGACAAGCGCAGGCUACACCAUCGCCGUGGUAACCGUGCACUUCCUGCUUCCUAUCGCGGUAGUUACGUUCUGCUAUCUGAGGAUUUGGGUGCUGGUGCUCCGCGUGAGGAGGCGGGUCACAACCGAUGUCAGGCCACGCCUCCGUCCGAGUGAGUUGCGCCACUUCUUGACCAUGUUUGUCGUCUUUGUGCUUUUCGCCGUCUGCUGGGCGCCGCUGAAUCUGAUUGGCCUGGCUGUAGCGGUGGACCCGCCCCACAUAGCACCCUUGGUCCCUGAUUGGCUGUUUGUGGUGAGUUAUUUCAUGGCAUAUUUUAACUCCUGCCUGAAUGCCGUAGUGUACGGACUGCUCAAUCAGAACUUCCGCAGAGAAUAUCGAAGAAUACUUCUGUCACUUUGUAAGCCACGCCUCUUCCUGCAAGAGACGUCAAAGGGCGGGACUGAGCGCAGCAACAAACAGUCACCUGGCAACAACAAUAACGAUGAUCAGCCCAAAGCGAACACAAUAUAAGUUACCCACAAUACAUUCAAUUGUUCACAGAUAUCAAAGAGCGAAUGCUGCAAAAAGGUUUUAAAUCG